AUGUUCAAGAAACUUCAGCCGACCGAGGACGAGGACAAGGACGAGGAUAAGGACGAGGACAAGGACGAGGAUAAGGACGAGGACGAGGACGAGGACGAGGAUAAGGAUAAGGACGAGGAUAAGGACGAGGACAAGGAGGAGGAUAAGGACGAGGACAAGGACGAGGACAAGGACGAGGACAAGGACGAGGAUAAGGACGAGGACAAAGACGAGAACGAGGACAAGGACAAGGAGGAAGAGGAGCAUGAGUUGAGAACAUGCUUGAUGUGUUUUAUUGAUGAAGGAGGAGAGCAGCAGCAGCAGCAGCAGCAGCAGCAGCAGCAGCAGCAGGUGGGAAUAGAAAACGAGGUGAAGGAGUUGAGCAUCUUUGCAGAGGUGAGAAAGAACUACAGAAGAGAAUGGAUGAAGAAACUGAUCUCGACCUACUCCAACGACAAGCUGCUGAGAGGACACUUUUCGUUCUCAACACAUCAGAAGUUCUGGUGA